UUAAACGACGUGUUUCUCUCGGCUUAUUUCAAUAUUUAUAGGUACAUACAUAAGAUAUUGUUAAAAAAGGCACUAACAGUGAAUUGUUGUUUUAAAAAUGGAAUCUGUAACUGAUCGGUUGAAUAAGCUCCGAGAAGAACGCAUCGCUAGGGAAAAGGCGCGAAUCGAAAAGUUACGGGAAUUAAACCUCAAGAAAUAUAACAAAAAUGACACCCAACCCAAAAACUCAGUGUCAAAUGGUAGUGCGGCCGGUAAGUCGAUCAAAAAUGAAACUGGAUCAAAUAUAACCAAAAAUAAUGUCAGUAGUAACUAUAAAAACAAUUUUCAUGUUAAUGGAGUAAUUACAAAAAGGCCUCUCACAGCCCCAGAAGCUAGAAAAUCUUUGAUGCCUAAAAAAGAUGAUAAUGGUAAAUCAAAAAUUGCUAAUGAUCCUAAAAUUGAAACAAAAAUGGAGAAAAACUUUAAGAAACCAGACGUAUCAAAUAACAGAACUGGAAGCAAGAUACCAAUGAUGGGUACAUCAAAACUAGCUUCUCAUCAAGUAACAAAGGAUGAGAAAAAACUGAAUGCUCCAAAAAUUGAGGUAAAACAUACAAGAAAAAGUUUGGCAGCACCGAAACUUAGUAACCCGAAACCAACUAUGACAGCAACUAGGAAGACAAUGAUACCAAAGAUGUCAGAUACAACUACCCGAGAAUCUGUCUUCGAUAGGCUAUACAAACCCAAAGUGAUUGCAAACCAUGAUAAUGACAUCAACAAACUAAAAACUGAUCCAAAUUAUUUGAAAAAGGUCAUUAAAAGCUCGGGGUUGCUGCUUGAAAAAUCUCAUGCUGCCAUCAAGACCAAGCCAUCAGUUCGCCGCUCUAUAUCUGCUGUACACUUCAAGAGAAUAAGCAAAAAUGAAAUUGGCAAUUGCAUUCAUAAGUGGGCUUCAAUUGGUGAUAAGUUAAAUAAUGUGCAUUUAAAACACAUUAACGAAGAUGAAACAGUAAAUGCUGACAAAGUUAUAUCAGCUAUUAAGAGUGAAAGGAAGAAGGUUAAAUUCAUGACUCCGAUACCUCAGAAUUUCAAUACGCCACGCCCGGAAGAACUACAAGCAAGAUUAAAAUCUUGGUUAGAAAAACGUGGCAAAUCAUUAGACACUUACCAUCAUUUGCAAUGUUUUGGGAUCAAUCAUUUAUCGAACAAAGACAUUGUACCUUUAGCCUUUGAAGAAUUACCACAAUUUAACUAUGAAGAAGAAAAUAAAGAGAAUAUUGCUCUGAAUUCUGACAGCGAUGACGAUUCGUAUGUCGAAAACAUGAAUGAGAAUAACAAACACGUCAAAGAUACAGUGAAUUGGCGGCGAGCUAGCUGCGUCAGUGAAAGCGUUGACUUCAAUGAGAGUGCUGACAGUACGUUGACAUCGACAGACGUUUUUAAAGUUGAUGAAAUAUUACUGGGAGCCUUGAAUGACCUUACUGAUUUACUGAAAGAGGGCUUCGAUUGGGAGCAAAGUGCUCGUUGGCUCCGAGCUAUAAGGGAGAGAUUCCCGGACGCGUCCAACACGGCUGCUUACUGGGAGUGCAGGGCUGCUCUAGAAGAGAGACGAGGAGAUUUGCCGGCAUCCGUACAGUGUUGGGAGGAGGCUAUCGCUAAGGGAACUGAACAUUCAGUCGUCGAAGCGAAUCUCGACCAGCUACUGGACAAGUUCAUGCAGCUGAAGAUCAGCCCGAACAGCGGUAAGCGGCGCUGCAUCGAUCCCAAAAUGGUAGACGUCAAAAACGUCUUCAAAAGUACGAUCAUACGUUUCGCUGUUCAACAAGCUAAAUUGCGCAGGUCCGAGGGCCCCAAGUACACGGUGACGCCGGUCCGCCGCAGCGGGCGUCUCAGCAUCCGGACCCCCUUGGCUGAGUGCAGCAGCGUGCGGACUCUGGCGCCGGGCCACGCGUUCGUACCGAACCCUACCAUAUGUCAAACGCCCUAAGAAAAUUAAAGGAUUUUAAUGUGGCCCAUUCAUCCUCAACGAUUGAUAUUGAAUAAUAGGACAGCAUCGUUAACAUGCCGAUGCGAGUGAAAUUUUCGGAGUUCCAUAUCAAGGCGGCAAUGUAAAGCGUACCAUGGAAACU